AUGGCUUUUCUCUUCAGGUCAAGCAACCCGCCACCAGGAGACGGCACCAUGGAGGCUUCAUCCUCGCACCGAGUUGGCACGCCUGAAGAGGCUGUUGCCAGAAUUGCCUACCUUUCCAGCGAUGUCAUCGUCUCGGUGCAGCCGUCGCUUGCGCUCGACUCCGAGUUCUCGACGCACCUGAAGCGAUACGCAGCUCGCAAGGACCACGGCUUGGUUGCCGCCACCCCGGACGCUGUCCCCGAUAUCCAGCCGGUUCGACACAAUGCUGACCCGCUGCUCUCCGUUUUCGCCCCCAUCCGCUCUGGGAAGCUCGUCUCCGUCACCACCGCUUCCACGAUUCUUCUUCCCGCCAUCUCUCACCUGUACAAGCUGGCGAACUACCCCGUCGUCCUCCAUGUGUCUCUCCAGCCUCGCAGCCGUGCUGAUUACUCGGCCAUUACCGCCAUUCGAAACUCGGGAUGGACGUUUUUGCAGUCAGAAACCCUGCAGGAGGCGCAGGACAUGGCCAUCACGGCCCAUGCGCUGGCUGUGAGAACGGGAAAGGGUGUUGUGCACUUCUUCGCCCCCGAGACCUCGGCCCACGACGAGCCCAUAGCCGCGGAGGACGCUGCCAUUGUUCGGGACAUUCUCGACAUUGAGAGCGUGAGGCGCUUUCAGUCUGGCGGAAUCUCCGCGACAGGAAUUUACGCUGAUGAUGGCCACGUUGCCGUCUCCUCUGAUCACCCGGAAGCGACCUUGAACGGCGGCUCAUCGAAGAACGUGGGGCUUCAGCCUCCCACUAGCGCCGAUGCCUCCAAAGCUACAUCCACUGGCACGUCGGUCAAGUCUAGCGAGGCCAGUGAGUCCUCCACGCCUGUUGCACCGUCUUCUGUCGCUACGACGGUAGAGGCUGUGCCGCCUCAGGUCACUUCAGAGGAUAUCUAUACCUGCGCGACUCGGAUCUGGUCCCAUAUCAAGACCGCGCUGGGACGACAGUACAACGCCUUCGAAUACACGGGACCUUCCAAUGCCCAGAACUGCCUCUUCAUUUUCGGUUCCGACACCGGCUCGUUUGCCGAGGCUGUCGACCACGCGAAGCCGGAUGAUGUCUUCGCCAACGUCGGCAUUCUGACGCCCCGCCUGUAUCGACCGUGGAUUGGCUCCAAGCUGGUCCAGGUCGUUCCUCAGUCUGUCAAGCGGAUCGCGGUCUUGGAGCAGAUCCAGCGUGCCACGACUAAAUGGGGCCCGCUUCUCAUCGACGUACUGUCGUCUGUCAACCGUGGCCCAGGUGGCGUCGAGGCCAUUGUUGGAUAUCAGCUGGGUUAUAUUGCACCGGAGACUACCACCCAGGCUCUCAGGGGAGUCGUGCAGAACCUCACCGCAGAGAAGCCCGUUCAGAACCUCGAAGUUGGUGUGAAAGAUGUUCCACAGCAGGCGCCCGAGUACAGCCUGCAAUCUCCCCAGCUCGAGACUGCCUACUCCAAGAUUCUGGACCAGCUGUUUGGGAGCCGGACGUACAUUGCAAACGCCCUCAAGGCCCAGAAUGCCGGAGUUUCUGCUACGGCCUCUGCGAGCCCCGAGUUUGGCUUUGGCUCUCUGCUGGCCCGCAAGGAACACCGCCAGCGCUUCGUGAACCAGGUCAAGGAAGCUGCGAGCAAUGGGUCGUUUAAGACGGAGGAACCCAAGAGUUGGCUGGCGCGUUGGGCAGUGAAUGCCGAUGACCAGGCAAAGUCUGGCGAGAUUGCCGACGAACUCAUCUCUCGUCUCCAAGCGGACGGAUCUGACGCCGCUCAAACCCUGUUGUCAAAGAGCAACUUGUUCCGCAAGGAGUCCCUGUGGCUGACUGGAUCCGACGCGUGGGCUUACGAUCUCGGAAACUCGGGGGUGCAUCACGUCCUCGCUUCUGGCGAGAAUGUCAACAUGCUCAUCAUCGACUCCACCCCAUACUCCGAAAAGGCUGUAGCCGACGCAAACCGGCGAAAGAAGGAUAUUGGCCUGUAUGCCAUGAACUUUGGAAAUGCCUAUGUGGCAUCCACAGCCGUCUACAGCUCGUACACCCAGGUGCUACAGGCGAUGCUCGAGGCCGACAAGUUCAACGGCCCCUCGGUCGUCUUGGCUUACCUGCCUUAUUUCGGCGAGACCGACUCCCCUUUGACCGUCCUUCAGGAGACAAAGAAGGCCGUCGAUGCCGGCUACUGGCCGCUAUAUAGAUGGAACCCCGACAAUGAGCAGAAGGGCGAGCCCAACUUCUCGCUCGAUUCCGAGCUUAUCAAGCAGGAGCUGAAGACUUUCUUGGCGAGGGACAACCAGCUUACGCAAUUGAUGCGGAAGGAGCCCAAGUUUGCUGCUAGUCUUGCACAAGACUUUGGCACCGAGGUCCGAGCCCAGCAGAAGAGGAAAGCCAAGGACGCCUACAACCAGCUCUUGGAAGGUCUCCUGGGAGCUCCUCUGACCAUUCUAUUUGCGUCAGAUAACGGAAACGCCGCGAGCAUAUCGAAGCGGCUCGGGAACAGGGGCAGAGCCCGUGGUCUGAAGACCACUGUCAUGGCCAUGGAGGACUACCCUCUCGAGGACCUGCCCAGCGAAGAGAACAUUGUCUUUGUGACCUCGACUGCCGGUCAGGGCGAGUUCCCUCAGAAUGGGCUGCCGUUCUGGGACGCUAUCAAGGACAACACCGACCUUGAUCUCGCAACAGUGAACUUCUCCGUGUUUGGACUGGGUGACAGCCAUUACUGGCCACGCAAGGAGGAUAGGAUCUACUACAACAAGCCGGCCAAAGACCUCGAUCGAGUCCUAGGAAACCUUGGUGGCAAGCGUUUUGCGGACGUUGGCCUCGGCGACGAUCAAGAUCCCGAUGGCUUUCAAACCGGUUACCAGGAAUGGGAACCCAAGGUCUGGCAGGCCCUCGGCGUGGAAAAGGUCGACGGGCUUCCGGAGGAACCACCGCCAAUUACCAACGAGGAUAUCAAGCUUGCGUCAAACUACCUUCGCGGUACAAUCGUGGAGGGACUGAACGAUCCGACUACUGCAGCGAUUUCCGCGUCGGACCAGCAGCUGACCAAGUUCCACGGCACGUACAUGCAGGACGAUCGCGACGUCCGUGAUGAGAGAAAAGCUCAGGGCCUGGAGCCUGCUUACUCGUUCAUGAUCCGGUGCAGACUUCCUGGUGGCGUUUCCACCCCUAAGCAGUGGGUGCAGAUGGACGACAUCAGCAAUGCUCUGGGCAACGAGACCAUGAAGCUCACGACCAGACAAACCUUCCAGUUCCACGGCGUGGUCAAGGGGAAGCUCAAGCCCGCAAUGCAAGCCAUCAACCAGGCGCUCAUGACGACGAUCGCUGCUUGCGGUGACGUUAACCGAAAUGUCAUGUGCAGCUCUCUUCCGACCCAGUCCAAGUACCACAGACAGGUCUAUGCCUGCUCGCAAAAGAUCAGCGACCACUUGCUGCCUUCCACCAGCGCCUACCACGAGAUCUGGCUGACGGAUGAGAACGAUAAGAAGACACAAGUUGCUGGCGAGGCCGUGCAGGAUUUCGAGCCCCUCUAUGGCCCGACAUACCUGCCUAGAAAGUUCAAGAUCACGAUUGCCAUUCCGCCGCACAACGACACCGACGUCUAUGCCCACGACAUUGGCUUGAUUGCCAUCAAGGGCAAGGACGGGAACCUGGAAGGCUUCAACGUUCUCGCCGGUGGUGGCAUGGGUGCUACUCAUAACAACAAGAAAACGUACCCCCAGACUGGCCGAAUGUUCGGAUACUGCACGGCCGAAGAGGUGCACAUCGCGUGUGAGAAGAUCAUGCUGGUUCAGAGGGAUCAUGGUGACCGCAAGAACCGCAAGCAUGCCCGUCUCAAGUACACCAUCGACGAUAUGGGCGUCGACGUGUUCCGUGGCAAGGUGGAGGAGCUGUGGGGGAAGAAGUUUGCCAAAGAGCGCCCCUUCGAGUUCAAGAGCAACAUUGACACCUUUGGCUGGCAAAAAGACGAGACCGGGCUGAACCACUUCACCUUCUUCAUCGAGAACGGCCGCAUCGAGGACACGCCCGAGUUCCAGAUGAAGACUGGCCUGCGCGAGAUUGCCAAGGUGCAUAAGGGCGAGUUCCGUCUGACGGGUAACCAGCAUUUGAUCCUCAGCAAUGUCAAAGACGAAGACAUGCCUGCCCUGAAGGAGCUCAUGAAGAAGUACAAGCUUGACAACGUCCAGUUCUCCGGCCUUCGCCUCAGCUCAUCAGCCUGUGUGGCUUUCCCUACCUGUGGCCUGGCCAUGGCUGAGUCCGAGCGAUAUCUGCCAGUUCUCAUUUCGAAGCUGGAAGCCUGCCUGGAGGAGAACGGGCUUCGUCAAGACUCGAUCGUCAUGCGCAUGACGGGAUGCCCCAACGGCUGCGCCCGCCCCUGGCUGGCCGAGGUGGCAUUUGUCGGCAAGGCGUACGGCGCGUACAACAUGUACCUUGGCGGUGGUUAUCACGGCCAGCGCCUGAACAAGCUUUUCCGGUCGAGCAUCAAGGAGGAUGAGAUCCUCUCCAUCAUGAAGCCGCUGCUGAAGCGUUAUGCGCUGGAGAGGCAGGAGGAUGAAAAGUUUGGAGACUUCUGCAUCCGCGCUGGCGUCAUCAAGGCGACGACAGACGGGCGGGACUUCCACGACAACGUCGCGGAAGAGGAGUCGGACGAGGAGUAG